GUGCACUGCUCAAGCCGCGUCCGGGGCCGGGGGCUUGCCUUCGGUUCCCGUUCGGUUCCAGGGGUCGGGCUGCGACUCGCUGCUUGCUGCCUGCUGCCGUGUGUGCGGUACGGUCAAACAGACGAGAGCAACCAAACCGAACGGAUCGAAAACAAAAAAACCCUCUGCCGGGCGCACGAACCCGCAGCGUGGAACGCACAUCGACAAUCGGGUUAAGGAAUAGCUCGAAGAAGCGAGAAACAAACAAAACAAAAAAAAAAGCAAAAAUAAGGAAAAUAAGGAAACGGAGAAACGAACGCUUGUGAACCACUCCAGUGUGUUGUUGUGGCGUGUGUGCGCGUAAAUGCUGCACCCAGUUUGAUGUGUAAAUGUAACAUUUGUUCUGUGCGGUGAGCAAAACCCCCAAACUACUACGGUGUGCCUGAGAGUGGGUGUGUAGUGCAUAUCUUAAAAAAGAGAUAGUGAGUAGAGGUAGUAAAAGAGUAUACGAAACAGUUACGAACCUUAUUGCCGCCGGUGCAGCAGCAGCAACAGCAAUUGAUGCGGGUGAUGCGCGAUCUCCCCACACAGCACGGCCAGAUGCCGCACGGGACGGGUGGAAUGUCACAGCAGGCGGGGCGUCGUCGCCCGGACGGACGGACGACAGGGGGCCGCCGCGGCAGGGUACCGACGGCGACACUGGUGCUGCUUGCGAUCCUACUGCAGCUGAUGGAUCUGGGGGAUGGGCCGGACGGCGGUGGCAGCACGAUGCUGGUGGCGGCGGCCUGUGAGCCGCGGGCCAGCUGGUGGGACCCGACCGUGGACGAUUGCGUCCCGUGCCGAGUCUGUGCCGACCACCAGGUCGUGCUGCGCCCGUGCCAGGACUACAUGAACACGGUAUGCGGCACGAUGAAGGACCUGACGGCGACGGCUCAUCGCCCGUACCCCCAUCUGCCCGAGGGGAACGGUAACGGGAUCGUAUCGGUCGGUCGAACCCGGGAUCAUCACUGGAAAGAGGAGCGCCGGAAAGAGGCGGACGGAAUGGAGGGCUACCGGCGGGUCAUGCCGGCCGCUAGCACCGAGGAGAUCCUGUGGGACUGGCAGGUGGCAUCGUUGCUGCUCGCCAUCAUCGGCUGCUUGUUGUUCCUGCUCGCUGCCGCCUGCGUCGCACUCAACCAGAGCCGUCAGUGGCGCCGCAUCGAGAAGCACUUUGACGCCGAUAUGGAAGCAUUAUCGGCCCAGCUCGUGAGCCAUCUGGCCAGCAUGCAGCAUCUCGAGAGUGGUCCGAUCCUGCUGGAGAACUUUGAUCACGGCCGGCUGCGCAGUACCGGUCACCAUCCAAUCGAGGUCCGGUGCGUCUAUCUCGACCAGCUGCUCGAUGAAAAAUGUGCCCAGAAGGCGCACAACGUCCCGCCCAAGGCGGGCAACCUGUACAUCGAGGAGACGAUCGACACGUCCCGCGUCCAGUCACCGGCCCCGCCCCGCCAGCCCCGGUCGCCGGCAUCACGCCCGCCAACGGGGGCCGCUGCCACCAACAGCACCACUCCACCGCCGCUCACUCUCAUCCGCCACUACUAGGGCGUACUAGGCCAGUGUGCAGCACCGCGGAGGGGAGACCGUACACUAGACCGGAAGGAAGUCGACAAAUCGAGUAGCGCCGUAAUGUAACUAGCCGUUGGCGCUUACCUAAAAAAGUGGGGACUCAGUGGGAGGGAAACGAAACGUUUAUUAUGCGAAGAUUUUGGAGCGCACGGGAAGUGAAUGCGGGCAAAAAGGCUUAGACUAACAAUUAUUUAAAUCUGUACAAAUCCCACGCGAAGAGUUACAUAUUUAGCUUACCUUUCCGCUCCCCACUUUCCCCACUUUAUAUCUUUAUCCUUUCUGAUAAUCCAAGCUGUCGAUUAUUCGAGGAGUCGAGGCGAGUGUGUAAGAAAAGGAACGUUUUAAGCAAGUUAACCCAUAAUGGGAAUGUCGAAACGCAUACAGAGAGAGAGAGAAGAAGAGAGAAAGAGAAGGAGAAAAAAAAGAACUCGAAAGAAGAAAGAGCAAGAGAGAUAGAGGAAAGAAAGAAAGCGAAAAUAAUGAAAGAAAGAUAAAGAAAAGUGCAGUAAGAUAAACCUAAUAAGCAAAAGAUGUGCCUUUAAGUGUUAGUGUACAUAUACCUAUACAUAUCCCUUAACCCUUUGCCGCGCACAUACACAGUGCACAGUCUCAGCUACACCCUGUAAUCUGUAGUAGGAUGUGUAUAUGUGUGUGUGUGCGUGUUUAUGUAUUAGUGUUUUUAGCGAAUGCAACACGUCGAACCAAACAUGCUUAAAACAAAAAACGAUAGCAGCGUUGUAUGAGGACGGUAUGCCGCACGUGUGCUCCUUACCCUUAUUUGCUUGCUUGUUAGUAGUUGUAGUUAAGCCAGUAAACUAUCCGCAAUACCUAACCUGUCUGUUAAUGCGUCUGUUCGUCGCUGGAUUCGCUUCCAACUGGGAAGAUACGCUGGGCGGAGAAACCGAAAAGGUUUACGAAAUCGACAAACAAGGAGAAACAUACAGAGAGAAAUAGAGAGAGAGAGAGAGAGAGAGAGAGAGGGAAGAAAGAGAGAAAGAGAGAAGAGAAGAGGAAUGGCAGCGGUAACGGCAAAAGAAAGAGAAGAGAAGAAAAACACAAGGCCCAGAAAAACACGACGCACCACCAAACAUUAUGGUCACGUUCAAGUUCUUCUUUUGUUUUUAUUUGUGUUCUUACAUUUGUUGUUUGCAUAUUGCUAGCAUGUUCCCGAAAUUGCGUAUCGAUCGUUAGAAAAGGGUAAACCACAACCGUCUUCUGCGCGCAAAACCCGACCCUAUCGCUCAUCAUUAUCAUUUUCACAUUGUAAACUAAGCGUAUACACAAAGAGAGAGAGAGAGAGAGAGAGAGAGAGAGAUAGAGAGAGAGAGACAUACACACAGGGAGCCAGGGGACACGCACCGCGGGUUCCCGUGGGGGAGGAAGGGGAGAGGGGGGCGAGCUCGCAAACGCAUUGGAAUGUGCCGUGGCCCGCGGAGCGAAGCGGACGGACGACGAAUCGGUCCUUAAUCUAGAUUUGGUCAUGGGGUUUGCACAUUGCCUGAAUCGCGCAGCGUGUGCGGCGUGCUCUUAGUCGCUGUUGCCCGCAGUACGCUGCGUGAUGGGGUGAGUGGGUGGGGAGGUGGGUUGGCAACAGAUAGCCUGUUGCAGUUCCACCAAAGUGCCAUCUGCCGGACGCACCCGGUCCUAGUCGGAUUUCGAUGUUGCAACCAAAUUGGACCAGCGCGUCGUCCCGGUUCAUCAAUGACAUGCGCUUGGUGUAGCGCGUUGCCGGCCGCCAUAUGCGUCGUACUUCGUACGUGAGUGGACUGUUUGAGUGGGCUACCGCAUAGACCUCUGGAGGUGACUUGUCACCAAAAACAAAAAACGAAGAAAAAAAAACUCCACCUCACUUGGUGGUUGAGGUGUUUAUUUGGAGAAGUUGGAGAAGGAAAUAUCCGAGGUGUUUUUGAUACCUGUUCAAGCAUACGGAAUCGUUAACUGGCAUUUUCGGAUGUACUUCAAGCACCAGGUGUCACUCUAGACGAAGAUGUCGGGACAUUAAACUUGGAUCUUGGUGCUUGGAUCGACUGAGAUUACAGAGCGGUUUGCAAACUUUAAAUACAAACAUCAAACGUUCGAAAAUUCUGUUUGAGAGCUAAGUCAUGUUCGCUUUGAAAUUCAGAUUUCAACCGAGGAGAUGCAUCAGAUAUUUUGGAGAUGGAGAAAAACAGACCUUCGGAUAUCCUCCAAAAAAGAUAGUAGCAUCUAUAAAAAAAAAAACAAAAAAAACAAAACAAAACAAAACAUAGAUGUUGAGCGCAGACUAGACGGCAAAACUCCCUACCGUAUAACGAUCUUUGGAGGAGGGAGACUGAACUUGCCUGUUCUUGCUUUUGGACGCCGUCAUGGUAGUUUUGAUGGUUCUGACAGCAAACAGCGGACAGUGGCAAAGUGACACCACCGGCAUCGAGCCAGGUGUCGUUCGCCCAUGGGUCAGGGUCAGUGUCUGUGUGUGUGUGCGGUUCCGUGCCAAGCGAUGCGCUCGUUGGCAAUCGGUCAAUACUGGCAGCCAUGGGGACAGCCCAUCGCACGUUGCGGCUCUGCCAAGAAUCGAACGAUCGGUGCGUGAAAUAUACAACACAGUGCAGCGCAGUGGCAGCCGGGCGCGAAUCGUUGUCGUGAGUCGUCCAUCAUUCCCGCCAACGCGACAACGUGGCAGCAGCUGCACAUUGCGACUGCAACAACUGCCAGCCCGAGCUGGGCCGAAACGAGCGCGGGGAGGUAGGGCGGUUUAUUUUUGUGUCGGUACGCAUCUUUGCAUCAAUUUCAAACUCGGCUUCAGCACAUCACAGUUCCGAACGAAUAAACACGGCGCACUGUUUAUCUUU